UAGCACAAUUGUUUCCUCCAGUCGAUAUUGGCAAUUUAAUCAUAAUAAUCCUCUCGAUGCUGUAAGAGCUCUGAGGUGAAAUUUAGAUCUGUAAAUGGAGUAAAAGAGUCAUUGGAGAUCCGGCAUCCAAUCAACCAACCAGAAUACAGUUUGCUUUACAUACGGUCGCCCCCGACCUAAUAUAGUCGGCGACAAGGGAAGGUGUUUUUCAAAAGAGUAUUGCACCUCCGUACUGUCGCAAUCAGGCGAAUUUCUCGCUUCGUUCACUGGCAGUGAUCUCUGAUGAUUUACAAGGACUUCUGUCACCGCUGUGUUUAAGCCAGGGACAGUAUUUAUCAGCAGACUAUUAAGCGUGGCUGUAUGUCUUUGUUGUGACUUACAGAAGUAGGGUUUAACCCAGCACGCGUGAGUUCACAGUGCAGGAAUUACAGACGGAACGCGAAGGUGACUGUCACAAAGCGCGCGUAAACAAAAUGCAUUUUCCAUUCAACGGAAGUGGAGAUUUCACAGAGAAUACCACAGUUUACAACAGUACAAACGGUUAUGGUGGAAUUCCAGGUAUCACACUCGCGGAGGAGAUCAUUCUUAUAAUUCUGAACACGUUUAGCGCAGUAAUUGGAGUUUUGGGAAACUUGGCUGUGCUUUUUGUCGUCGUCAAGUUUCGAUUCCUUGGUCGACAGCGUGCGGAGUUGUUCGUAUGCAGCCUCGCAUGCUCGGACCUGAUCGUGUGUGUGCUGGCACAACCGAUGUAUGUCCUACACCUCGCCAAGAUCCUGCCCUCGGCUCUAAGCGCGGUCAGAAGCGUCCUCACCUGGAUUGCGACCCUUGCAUCAGUGAGCAGUUUACUCGCAAUCUCCAUCGACCGGUUUUUUGCUCUGUACUAUUUGCAUCAGUACCGUGCGUGGAUUACCCCCGUCGCCGCUGGCAUCGCGGUUGGAAUCCCUUGGAUGUUUUCCAUCUCGAUUGGUGUCGCCACCGGUUUCUCUCGGGGAGCUCGCUUUUUUUCUCAGUACUAUGUGAUCAUUGUUCUUUUGGUUGUCGGGGUUGUCUAUGUUGGGAUUUUUUUCAUUGUCCGAGCGCAGUACCUUAGGAUUCGACAGGUGUCUUCGUUCCUCUCGAGCCGAAAGCCACAGAGGAUUUUCGGACGGGAAAAGAUGAUAGCGAAGUUGAUAGCAGUGGUGAUUGGGGUAUUUUACGCAUGUUAUGCGCCCUUGAUAAUUCUUCCAUUCAUGACGCAGAUUCAGCUAAGCCCUUUUGCAUGGAGAGUGUUUCCGUGGGCAAACACGCUAGCGCUUUGCAACAGUUGCAUUAACCCGUAUAUUUAUUACUGGGGAAACUGGAAGUUCAGAAGCGCAAUUAAGAAGAUUAACAUUCCCGGGAGGUUGCUGAACAGACUGAAAAAAGUUGGACAAUGUUGAGGUUGAAAUCGCAUGGCAGGCGAUCUGGACAGGAAGAAGUAAGAAUGAGAUUGAAAAAAGAACAGAUUAUCUCAUCUCACGAGGCACUUUGGCAAAGGAGAGAAGGGAAAAAUGACAGACUACCGAAGUAAACACCCGGUAUUUCCGAAAAACGUUAUCAUAAAAAAGAAGAGUACACAUUAGAAAAUAGAGAGGAGCACAGAAUGUUCGCGCACAUUUGAGGAUAAAAAAAAGACGAAUUCUUGAAAUGGUUGCCGCGCUUGAAAGAAAACGCAGUUCUUCAAUUCAAGAUUAUUUUGGAUGAACAAAUUAACCUCGUUAUAUGUAAAGAGAACCAGACCGGUGGCAUACAACACAAGGACUCUUCGUAAUAUCUCAACAUCAGGUGCUUUUUAAUACACGAUAGAAAAUCUGUCGCUCAGCACAAGAAUAUAUUUGUCAAGAACCCGACAGUAAGGUUCUAUUUAGGUAAAUAAGUGUCAGUUAGCCCUGAAACUAAACCUCAAGAUUUUAUGGCCGGAAACAGCUCAGAAAAGACGGCGAAAAAAAAUAAUAUAGACCAAUUAUUAUGUAGUUUAGCUAUAAAAAAACUCAAAUUUAAGGUGCAAAUUUCCGUUUAUUCGCAUUUCGUUUUAUAGCAAUCGAUUGCUAAAAGCCUAAAUGAAAUUUUUUACUUAAUGACUAUGACCUUUAGUUAGAUACAAAAUUUGACGAAAUUAAUUUAGUCCGAUCUGCCUAAAAUGCAAUACUUUGACAUAUAAUAUUUAAGUGUCAAGAGCAUGGUUUCCAUUACUUUUCUAGAGUACUUGACGUGGAAAGUCUCACGCUAAAUUUACAUAUUGCACGUGAAAAAUGCGCUAAUUUCGAGAAAAAAAAGUCGUUUUUUGUUACGUGAAAUUUUGAAUAAUCAGACAGCAAAGAAACACUUGCGUAAGUAGAAAUAGGGUUUAAAAUUUAGAAAAACUGCUAAUCCUUACUUAUAACAAAUUAUGAUGUCCAUGAUUUUAGCGAUUUGUCGGGUAAAACAUAAAAACAACACACUAAUAAUUAAGAACUAUAAAGAUGAGGAGGCGGGCGGCAACCAGAAUGAAAAAAAUAUAGGAUUCAUUUAAUCAACAACGGGGGAUAAUAUAAUCAGAACAAUAAAGAUGGAAACAAAACCCU